AACCAGCUGAAUAACGUGACGUUAACAUUUUGAAUGACGUACGGCUUUGUAGUUUUCCAUAUACUUCAUGAAAAACCGACAAGCAUUGCAAACCCAUACAGACCGAGAGUUUCAUGCAAAAAAUAAAUUGAUGACGUAUUUGUGUUGUUUACAGCUUACAUAUUUUUACCAUUGACAUAAAAACCCAGGUUUGUCUAGCACACCCAAGACUACUGUACAGCGUUAACUACAAACUCCACAACGCUUAGCGAGCGAUACUCAAAAUCAUUAAACUAAUAAUAAUUACAGGCACUACACACACUCUCUCUCUCUCUCAAAAUAAAAUAAUAAUCUGUAUACUCUAUAGAAAAGCGCAUUCAUAUUAUGACGUUUUGUGCACCGUGCAAAGGUAGACCAUGACGCAGAGUAGCUAAUAAACUACAAAUCCCAUUAGCCUCUGGUGAUAAGCUUGAUUUCCGGGGUCGGCAAUGCCUUGCAGAAGGUGCGUGUGUCUGUGUGGCCGGACCUGUUGGCGAAAGAAUGCAUUUGUAAAAAAUAAAUACAUAUAUGUAUAUAUAAAUGCAUUCAAAAUAUGAUUUAACAAGUUCACAGAGCAGUUUGAAUCACGCAAAUUGUUUGUUUGUUUGUUUACUUGCUUCUAAGUGAAGGAAAGGUGUGCUGAGCGCUUGUCCACCUUGCACAGACAGGAGGAUACACCCGUGUCUAAUCUCCCUUACAGCUGAGGACAAGUGGGGAAGGCGCUGCGUAAAAUCACGACAACAACAAACAAGGAACUGGGAUUGCAUCCUGCACACUUCCAAUAGCAAACUCACCUUAAACUGGCGACACUGAAGCCAAACUAUUCCCUUUAUUUUUUUAUUGCCCCCCCAGGUGCCGUGUCUACGUGAUUUCACCGCCCUCCUGUCUUGUAGACCGGAGGUAGGUAGCUGGAGCAUUUUGAUUUGCGAAAGCAACCAAAUCGCUUGGAACAAGGAGAGAGCCUGAUUUGAAUUUUGGCUUUGGUUAAAAUUACCUGCUGUGUUUAUUGUUAACUUAUUAUAAUCUUCAAAAGUACGAAAAGCAGUGUGACCCGUGUUGCGUGCAGUGGGACAGAAGUAUACCAGCUACGGACUUUGUACCAGAGGAGAAACGUUUAAGGAAAACGACAUUUUUUUCUUUUUAAAUUUUAUAAAGACUUGUAAAAGUACACGCACCCUUUACACCUGCGGUAAUAAGAGGCAAAGGGCAGUGGGGCGUGUACUAAUCGAUCGGUCGUGGUUUUAAUACAAAUGCACGGCUCCUAAGGCUGGGAAAAGGACAUCUUAUUAUUUGAAAAAUAAUAAUAAUUCUUCACUCUCCUGUGAGACAAGAAGAGGCAGCCUAGUCUUAUCAGACUCAGCAGCGUGUAGCCAUGGCCUCUGUGGCCCCAAAGCCCGCAGUGCUGGAUUUCCGCUCGGGGGCCAGCAUGGAGCGGGUGUCAGAGCUGGUGCAGGAGCUCCUCCACCUGGAGCAGAGCGAGUUCGGAGACCAGACUGCGCUGGAGGUGCACACAGCCAAAGACUUCGUCUUCAGCAUGCUGGGGCUUGUCCAGCAGUUAGACCAGAGGCUGCCAGUAGCCAACGAGUACCUGCUGCUGUCUGGUGGGGCUCGAGAGGGGGUCCUAGACCUGAGUCCUGAGGAUCUGGGCGACUACGCCAAGGGAGCGGACUAUGACUUAGACUUUACCUUACUGGUGCCAGCUCUGAAACUCCAUGACCGAAACCAGCCGGUCACUCUGGACAUGCGCCAGUCUCCUCCCUGCCACUCCUGGCUGAGUCUGCGCCUGUGUGAGCAGGCCACACUCUCUCGCUGGCAAAGCUGCUGCAGGGGAGCCCAGGAGGAGGCUGCUGGGGAAGGGGGUGAAGGCUUCUACUUCUCCCCGACCCUAGUGGCAGACUGGUUCUCGGAAUCCGUUCUGAAAGUAGUGAACAAACUUCGACACAACCCCCAGAGGGGCACCCCGAUCCCGGAGAGGGUGGAGCGCAACGGGCCCGUGACCACCCUGAUUCUGCAGGCUGGGUCAAGCCGGAUCCUCUAUGACCUGGUUCCAGUGGUCUCCUUCAGGGGCUGGCCAGCGGUCGCCCAGGGCUGGCUGACGGAAAACCAUUUCUGGGACGGGAAGAUCACUGAAGAAGAAGUCAUCAGUGGCUUCUACCUCCUGCCCUGCUGCUCGGCAUCCAGCAAGGAGCUGCUGGUGAGAGACAUCGAAGGAGCCGCGCAGCCCGAUAAGGAGUGGCGGUUGGCAUUCUCCCGCAGCGAAGUUCAGCUCAAGAAGUGCGUCCCUCUCCCUUUAGCCCACGCCUUCCAGGCAGCCAAAGCCAUCAUCUCCAAACUCAUCUCCCGCCCCAAAGCUGCCGUCAGCCCCUACCACCUGCGCACACUUAUGUUCUGGGCCUGUGACCGCCUCCCCCCAGCUUACCUCUCCCAAGAAAGCACCGGCCCUCUCUUACUGGGCCUGCUGGAUGAGCUGGCCAGCGCGCUCCUCAAUAAGAGCUGCCUCAGUUACUUUCUCCCGCAGUGCAACAUGUUCGAGCACCUCUCCGACUCCACUGCCCUGCUCCUGGCGCGCAAGCUGGCCUGCGUUCGCUCGGACCCAGCUGAGCACCUCCGCACAGCCCUGGAGCAAGCAAGGGCAGCAGCCAGGCUCAAGCUCCAGGGAGGAAGGGGGAACACUACUGCUCUCUCCCCAGGAUCCAGCCCUGGAGCCCCCCAGCCCCAGGAGGACCGCAUGGCCAAGCGACUGCAGCAGCUGGUCACAGAGAACCCUGGGAAAUCCAUCUCUGUCUUCCUAAACCCUGAAGACGUGAGCAGACCACACUUCCGCAUUGACGACAAGUUCUACUGAAGAUCUCAUGACUGUAGGGUGCUAAUUGAAACAACUUUGACGUCUUCAGUUCUUCUCAAAGUCUUAAAUGAAUUAGACAGACUUGUAGUCAAAAUGUUUGUCAGAAUUUGAGUUUUGGCAUCACAAAUUUCUAAUGAGAUCACCCGGAAGUAUAAAACACUGCAUAUAGAAAUGCUAAAAGUUUUGGACAAACAUUUUGACUUGGAAUCAUUUCAAGCGUCUUCAGCGAUUCAACUAGAAGUCUUAUGUCUUCAGCGAUUUCAGUUUUUAAGUCUUUCCUAGUGUUUUCAAUCAAUUAAUAAUUUUGAAGUUUGUCAGAGAAAUUGCGUUUCUUUGAGAAGAACUACAAGAUCUGCUGAGUGGUGAAGAAGCGCUAGCUUUGACAAAGGUUUCAAAUCCUGUUAUUUAUUUAGCCUUGUAAUAGCGCUAGCUACUGCCUCUCUUAAAGCAGAGCGAACCAAGGGUUAAAAAUACCCUGAUCUUCCUUUAGCUUGUUGUACGUUUUUCUUAACUCUUAUCACUGGUCCCCUUUUGAAAGGAAAAAUCAUACCCUAUAGAUGCAAUGUUAAAUCUAGUUAUUUAUUAAAAAAAAUGUAACCCUAGAAAAUUCAUUUUUUUUAUCCUGGAUUUAACAACUACGCCUUCCACCUGUGACUCUGACUGAUUCCCUUCCAGUCAAAACAUGCAGUUAAGUUGCUUUUUGAAGAGCAUAACUGUGCUACACAGGGUGAGAUGCGAUGUUAUAACUAUACAUUCAGGGCUUUCUAGUUAAAAUAACAGCGUCGAGUGUUGUCCUGCACACAGCAGGCAAUAGCAGCCUGUGACCGUGGGUUGUAAUGUUUUUACUUUGGGUCGCUGUAGUUUUUUCAGGGUUUUGAGCUAGUCUCUACAGAACCCAGAAUUCUUGCAGCUGGAUGUGGGAGAGCUCAGUAAAAUGUAGAAUGAAAUUAGCAUUAUAUUCCAGACCGAUUCGAUAUUAACUGGCAUGGUUGUAGUUGCGAAUGAUGUACACAUUUAAAAGCGUAUGAUAAUCUCGGAUGCAAAAUCUCGGAUGCAAAGAAUUUCCAAUUCAAAUUUGCUGCUGAAUGUGAUGAAUUACCUCCUGGCCUGAUCGAGGUCGCGUUCCUAAACACAGGCUGUGAUUUGCUGCAGUAUGUUUUAACAUGCAUGACCUUGCGUUAUUUUAAAUGAUUUGCAUAUUUUGAUUUGAAGUGUAUAUUGAGGCUUUCUCUGUAGAUUGUGUGUGUUCUUUCUCUGUGAUAUUUAAUAGAUUCAAUUUGAGCUGGAUACAAAUGAUUUAAAAAAAAAAAAGUGAGUG